GCGGCGCAGAGCUUAGGGGGCAGGUGUCUGUCCGGGCCCGGGGCCCGGGGGCCGCAGCCAUGAGUGUCACCCGGAGCGACAGCGACUGGCAGGGGCUGCUGAGCGAGUAUCUGGUGUGUAAAAGGAAGCUAGAAAGUAAGAAGGAAGCCCUUCUAAUCCUUUCCAAAGAAUUGGAUACAUGCCAGCAGGAGAGAGACCAAUACAAACUCAUGGCCAAUCAGCUGCGAGAGAGACAUCAAUCUCUGAAAAAGAAAUACCGAGAGCUGAUCGAUGGAGAUCCAUCUAUUCCCCCUGAAAAAAGGAAACAGGCUAACCUUGUACAACUGCUGAGUGACUCUCGGGACCGAAAUCAUCAUCUGGGAGAAGAAAUUAAGGAACUUCAGCAGAGGCUGGGAGAAGUCCAGGGAGACAACAAGCUCCUGAGGAUGACAAUAGCCAAACAGAGACUGGGAGAUGAAGAGAUUGGGGUCCGGCACUUUGCCGCACAUGAGCGGGAAGACCUGGUGCAGCAGCUGGAGAAAGCCCGUGAACAAAUUGAGUCUCUAGAGCACGACCUGCAGGCCUCUGUGGAUGAGCUCCAGGACGUCAAAGACGAGCGCUCUUCCUAUCGGGACAAAGUGGACCGGCUGAAUCAAGAGCUGCACCAUAUCCUGGGCGGCCACGAGAACCGCAUCAUUGACGUGGAUGCCCUCUGUAUGGAGAACAGAUACCUUCAAGAGAGAUUAAAGCAACUUCAUGAAGAAGUCAAUCUACUGAAAUCUAACAUCGCCAAAUACAAGAGCGCCCUGGAGAGGCGGAAGAACUCAAAGUCACAGGGCAGAUCCAGUAGCAGCUCUCUGACUGGGGUCCUGUCAGCAAAGCAAGUCCAAGAUUUAUUAUCCGAAGACCACGGAUGCAGCCUGCCUGCCACCCCUCAGUCCAUUUCCGACCUCAAAUCUUUGGCGACUGCCCUGUUGGAGACAAUCCACGAGAAGAACAUGGUCAUUCAACACCAGAGGCAGACCAACAAGAUCCUUGGUAACCGGGUGGCUGAACUGGAGAAAAAGUUGAGAACUUUGGAAGUUUCUGGUUUGUGGAGUCUCCCAGGUCUGAGCUACAAAGUUUCCGUGGGAUUUGGGAGAGGUAAAGACACCAUUUCAUUCAGUGACCCCUCCCUUCCGGCCACUGAGAGAUCGAGGUCUCCGCUGCUGAGAUUCCUGGAGAGGCCAACCGAGAGUAAAGUGCAUCCCAAGGAUGCCGAGCACAAGAGAGAGCCAGAAGACGGUUGUGCUGCUGUCACGGCGGAGUCGAGGGCGAGAACCUUUGGACAUUCCUUCACAGAGCAGGGAUCCGGUAGCCAGCAAGACUGCUCUCACCUCAUGUUGCCCCAGCUGCCUCCUGAGAGAGAUGAAAUAAACACGCUGGGAAGCGAAGUCAUAAAACUGACAGAAGAGCGGGCAGCUGCGGACCCGGGAAAGGAGCGGCUGGAGGAUCCCGGACUUCGGUCAUCGGGGUCCGAUCGGCCAAGGCCUGGCCCCCCUAAUGAGGGGGAGACCCCUCCUGCCUCCAGUCCCGAUUCCCUUCCCCUCAGCACGCCCUCGGAUUUAGGAGGGGGGCCAACCGGGGACGGCUGUCCGCCGGGAGAGGACGAAACCGUCCCAGGGGAGGGUUUCUCGGACACCGUGAACACGUGAGGGAUCAGAGAAUCGGAGGUGGUGACCGGUGGGCCUCACCCUAGAGGGAGAGUCUGAGGCUUAGGAACGGGCCAAAGAGGCCUCUGAUCCCAAGAGCGAAGCGCCUCCAGUCCUUGGCAAACUGUGUGUUUUGAUGGUGGCAGAGGCACAGCCCGGUUUAGUCCACACAGGUCUUCCAGCUCCUCUCUGUCAUCUCUCCUGUCCACAGCUGAACUGCUGAGAAGACAGGGGAUUCCUGAGACUGGGGCUGCCUGUGGCUGGUGCCUCCAUCAAUCUUCCUGUCACCAUUUGCUUAGUUAGAGAUAAGAUGUUUUUCUGUUAUCGCUUAAGGUGAUCAAUCAGGAUUAGAGAAAGAGUGUGAAGCGGGUGGGUGUUAAUCAGGGCUCUGGAUCCAGGAAUGAUUACGAUUGGGGGGGCUGCGGGGAGUGGGUGUAAUCGGACAUGAGUGUCUAGGCUUUCUGGUCACCUCUCCAGUAGGAGCUCAGGAUGAUCAUUCCUGGCCCAGGACCUACAAACUCAGGGGGAAGGGCUGGAAAACGGCAGGGAAGAAGGGGUAAGCAGGCCUAAGUCUGCAUCCUCUGUUUAGAACUAUCCACUUGAAGGGAUAGGUGCCAUAUGUGGGAGUUGUGAUUUGGGGGGGGGCGGGGGGUGUGUUUGUGGGGGCGGGUGCCCUGUGUAUAUACAGUUUGGUCUGUGCAGUGGAAUUCAGAGAGGCUUUUUAGAGAAGCAGCGUGGCCUGAUGGAAAGAGCACAGACCAGGAUUCUGAUCCCCGUUCCACCACU